GGCCACCUACCGUCCUCUCCAGCUCGCAGUACUCCCGCACCAUCCGUCUCUAUCUCCUACCUAUCGCCACGCCACCCCUGUCCCCUCCUCCUCUACCGUCAUUGUCCCUCGCUCUGCUCCAACUCCCCGCGUCCGCGUCUCCCGCCCGCGCCGCGAUGGCCGCCGCCUCCUCUCUCGGAUUGUCGGAUGACACGGGGGUCGGCUCGCCUGGGUCCGUCGGGCAGAACGAUCUGCUGAUUGUUGGGCCUGGCGUCCUCGGCCGGAUCGUAGCUGACAAGUGGAAACAGGAAUUUCCAGGUUGCAAAGUUUUUGGCCAGACUGCGACCACAGAGCACCACAGUGAACUAACUGAAAUUGGUAUCAUCCCCUCCUUGAAGGGAUCCAUAGUGGGUCCGACAUUUCCAUAUGUCAUUUUCUGUGCUCCGCCGUAUCGUUCUGAUGAUUACCCUGGGGAUCUGAGAGUGGCAGCUUCAAAUUGGAAUGGAGAAGGCUCUUUCAUGUUCACCUCGAGUACUGCUGUCUAUGACUGCAGUGACAAUGGAUUAUGCAGUGAGGAUUCUCCUUGCGUACCAAUUGGUCGGAGCCCUCGUACUGAUGUCCUUCUAAAAGCAGAAAAUGUUGUUCUCGAGGCAGGAGGCUGUGUUCUCAGGCUAGUAGGACUUUACAAUUCAGUUAAAGGUCCUCAUGUUUUCUGGUUGUCAAAAGGAACUCUUGAUGCACGUCCUGAUCAUAUACUCAAUCUGAUACAUUAUGAAGAUGCGGCUUCCCUUGCAAUUGCCAUCAUGAAGAAGAAACUACGUGUCCGCAUCUUUGUGGGCUGUGACAAUCAGCCUCUAUCCAGGCAAGAAAUAAUGGACCGUGUCAACAGAAGCGGGGAAUUUGACACCAAGUUUCAAGGCUUCACUGGGACUGAUGGUCCGUUGGGGAAGAGGAUGGAGAAUUCCAAAACUCGGGCUGAGAUCGAAUGGCAGCCCAAGUAUCCGAGCUUCACAGAGUUCCUUGGUCUGAGCAAUUAAUAUAUGGGGCCUGUUUGGCAUUACUGGAAACAUUUCAUGAUAGGAAAAUUUCAUGCGAGGAAUUUAUAUGCCCACAGAAUCGUCUCCAUAAACAGUAUUCUAUCCAAAAGUGUUUGGCGGACAGGAAACAUGGCAGUACAGCUUGAACUAGCUUUGAACCAAAAUUGCAAACCAAUCUCCGGUUGAAAUUA